AUGCGUUUCUCCAUGAUUGCUUCCAUCCCCCUCCUCGUCCUCUCCACCCUUACCUCAGCCGCUCCAGCUGCAAUUCCAGCAGCAGCCAUCGAUGCCCGCGCCGCCUCUACCCAGAUCUACUACCUCGUUAACUGCUUCAACAACAUCACCUUCGCAGCCUACGCUGAGAUGGACUACUACCCAACCAAGUCUUUGUCUCUCGCUGGCCAGACACCAAGCAAGACAGCCGUCCUCAGCACUUCUGACUCCAUUGACUACGAAGAUGGAACUUGGAAAGCCACUACUCCUUUCAAGGCAACUGUUGUCAUUGGCGAGGAUGCUUACAUCGCCAAGCCAGGCUCUACUGUUGGUAGCGCUACCGUCAGCACCUCCACCACUGCCUUGACCUGUGUCCGUCUCACAAGAUUUGUCUUGUAUGAGCCAAAGGUUGAUGAGCAAUGCUACACCGACUAUGCUUGCCAGGCAUAGAGAGCACCUCGAUACCUUGAGUUCUUCGAUCGGCGCCCGCGCUGAACGGAGGAUGAUCAUUGAUGAACAAGCUCAGGCUUGAUUUGGACGGACAAUAGACGACUUGAAAAUGAUGACUAGUAAUAGAUGAAUGACGAACGACGGAAAAAAGACGAACGAAUGAUGAUUAGAGAGAUUGAUGAGUUAAUGAUUACGAUUGGGCACAUUCUUUUGGACUUGGGUAAAGGGAUAUAAAAUAGAGAUAAAUUUGAAUAAAAUACAUUUUUCAUUA